AUGGUAAACAGGAACACUAUAACAUUCAAUAGGAUUCAAGUGACUAGACGGGUUACAAACAUCGGCGGCACAAGCUACUGCAGUGAGCUGUCAUUGUGGGCGAACUACUGCAGUGAGCUGUCACUGUGGACGAACUACUACAGUGAGCUGUCACUGAGGACCAACUACUGCAGUGAGCUGUCACUGUGGACGAACUACCGCAGUGAGUUACCACUGUUGACGAACUACUGCAGUGAGCUGUCACUGUGGACGAACUACCGCAGUGAGUUACCACUGUUGACGAACUACUGCAGUGAGCUAUCACUGUGGACGAACUACUGCAGUGAGUUACCACUGAAGACCAACUACUGCAGUGAGCUGUCACUGUGGGCGAACAACUGCAGUGACCUACCACUGUUGACGAACUACUGCAGUGAGCUGUCACUGAAGACCAACUACUGCAGUGAGCUGUCACUGUGGGCGAACUACUGCAGUGACCUACCACUGUUGACGAACUACUGCAGUGAGCUGUCACUGUGGACGAACUACUGCAGUGACCUACCACAGUUGACGAACUACUGCAGUGAUCUACCACAGUUGACGAACUACUGCAGUGAUCUACCACUCUGGACGAAUUACUACCAAACGAGGUGGGUCUUCUGCAGGUUAUCUUAA